GAGAGGAAGCGGUUCCAUUAAUGAGCUGCUGAUAACUGGAGCCUGUUGUCUGUUUCACAUUGAAGGCUGCAGGAGGAGGACAGAGACAUGUGCACCAGCGUCCAGCCCACUGAGUGGACCGCCGACCUCAAAAACCAGAAUUUUGAUGGCCUCAUCUUGGUGACCCAGAGCCAUGACACUCUCCCUGCUGAGCUGGAGAGCCUGAAAGCGCCGCUGCAGGAUUACAGCUCUGUGGACAGCGGUUUGGGGGAUGAGGUGGUGCUCAUCAAGGUUCCCAGUCUUCCCGGGAACCGCCUGAUAUUUGCCUCUACCGGCCCAGUGAACCGGGACUACGAUGAUGUCAGACGUUUCAGUGACGCCGCGGUCAAAGGCAUCAAACGUGCCUUGAAAGCUGGCAUGCAGCGCCCCCUGCUGGUUUGCCCCCCUCACAAGGACUACAAGGACAACGCCCUGGCGGCUGCACUCGGUGCCCUCCAUGCCCUCUACAUGCCGCUUGAAGUGCGAGAGGCGAACAUCAAGUUGUCGGUCCACAAGGUGUGCGUUCUGGGGCUGUGGGCGGCGCAGGAGGCCGAGGGCCGGCGACUGGUGGAGCUGGCCAACGCUCUGGAGAGUGGAAGACUGGCCUACCGCGACAUCGGCGGCUCUGACCCUGAACGCAUGGCGGCUCCUCGCGUGGCCGAAUACGUCCAGGAACUGUUCAAGAACAGCCCUGUGAAGGUGGAAGUGCUGAGCAACGUGAACACUCUGGAGAAGGAGUAUCCAUGUCUGGCUGCAGUGAACCGCUGCGCUAACAAUGUACCUCGUCAUCAGGCGAGAGUCAUCAAGCUGCAGUACUGUGGAGAGGGACCGAUCCAGAAAACACUCAUGUUGGUUGGAAAGGGCAUCACCUACGACACAGGAGGAGCAGACAUAAAGGCCGGAGGCUUCAUGGCCGGGAUGCACAGAGACAAGUGUGGAGCUGCUGCUGUUGCUGGAUUCUUCCAGAUUUUAGCCCAUCUGAAGCCGAGACAUCUGAAAGUGUUCGGUGCGAUGACCAUGGUGAGGAACAGUGUGGGUUCAGACUGCUACGUUGCAGACGAGCUGGUGGUCUCCCGCGCCGGUCGCAGAGUCCGGGUGGGAAACACAGACGCAGAAGGCCGUAUGGUGAUGGUGGAUCUGCUCUGUGAGAUGAAGGAGAAGGCGGCGCAGGAAGUUUCCCCGCAUAUCUUCACGAUUGCGACUCUGACUGGUCACGCCAUCAGAGCCAUGGGACCAAACUAUUCAAUCAUCAUGGACAACGGGCCGGCCCACCGCAACGGGAACGCCGCUCAGUGGCAGAAAGCUGGAGACGUGCUGGGCGACGUGUUUGAGAUUUCCAACAUCAGGCGGGAGGAUUACGAGUUCCACAAGGGCCCGUCUGAGUACGAGGACAUCCUGCAGAGCAACAACCUCCCGUCCUCCGCCACACCGCGAGGACAUCAGACCCCCGCGGCCUUCCUCAUCAUGACCUCGGGCCUCGACAAGCAUGGAGUCGACUCGGACGCGCCUCUGCCCUACUCCCACAUCGACAUCGCCGGCUCCAGUGGUCCUUUCCCCGGAGUCCCCACAGGGGCCCCCAUUGUUGCUAUGGCAACCAACUACAUCUUUCAAGAUGGCCACUAAAAAAAAAUAUUGAUUUAAAAAAUAAACAUGCAUACCUUCUCAAACUUCUAUGAAACGCACCUAAUCUAAUCAUUUUCCUUCAAAUUGAAUCUUGUGAAAACCUCAGGUUUGUCUUUCUGACUGUUUCUAACUUUCUUCCUUUCUGAAUCAUGGGUGGAAGAAUCCUGCAAAGUGACCUGACUCAGCAAAGUGACCUGACUCAGCAAAAUGACCUGACUCAGCAAAAUGACCUGACUCUGCAAAAUGACCUGACUCUGCAAAAUGACCUGACUCAGCAAAGUGACCUGACUCAGCAAAGUGACCUGACUCAGCAAAAUGACCUGACUCAGCAAAGUGACCUGACUCAGCAAAGUGACCUGACUCAGCAAAGUGACCUGACUCAGCAAAAUGACCUGACUCUGCAAAAUGACCUGACUCAGCAAAAUGACCUGACUCAGCAAAAUGACCUGACUCAGCAAAGUGACCUGACUCAGCAAAGUGACCUGACUCAGCAAAGUGACCUGACUCAGCAAAGUGACCUGACUCUGCAAACUCUCAGGGGUUUAAAUUUAGACAUUUAUGAAACAAAAUUUUGCUCGUUACUCAAUAAAGAAGUGGGGUUUAUGGUUUACCACUA